AUGGCUUCAGCCUCAUCUUCAUUUGGUGCGCCUUCGCUUGCGAAUAUGUUGGCGCGUCCUGUUUCGUUGGUCAUCUCGGAUCAAGAGCUUCCUGAUGACGGAUCUUCAGUCAUAUCCUCCUGCGUUUUACGCAAGUUUUUCGGGUUUUAUGAGGUCUCUCGAGUGCGUUGUGCUGUUCGGGAUCAGUUUCCUGUUGGCCGCGUGUUGCCUGUAACUGCUCCUACUCUUCGGCAUGUCGUGGAGAAUUUUCCUCAUAUGACUCGCGAGAAUUAUAUGGCUGUGGCUAAUGCGCACUCUAUCGCUGUGCGAACAUCGUAUCGUAAGGAAUAUAUUCGUGACAUGCUGCGUGUCCAUGUUUGUACUGCCGAGUGCGUCAACAUACUUAUUGUGUUUUCGCUUUUGAAUAAUCCACAUCGUUAUUUUGCUCAUCAAACGAUGCCUGAUCCCUUUUUCAAGAAGUCUCCUGGUUUGCAUUACAAGUUCACGCCUCACACGAGACAGCCUCAUCGUAUGCCUGGAGUGGUGUCAGAAGGUCGCGACGACGAACAUCCGUUUCCCGUUUUGCUCUCCUUUGAUGAUAAGAAAAAGAUAAUAAUUGAGUGGCAACAACACAUGUCCGCAGACUCUUUGCGACAUAGCGCCUGUGCAUGUUGCGCACAUAAUGUGCCGGUCCAUAAUUUGGCGCUCGUCAAGUUCGAUGAUGUGCCUUUGAACUUGCUUCGGAACGACUGUCUGCCCGAGCACACUUUACCUAAUUCUUAUGCUCUGGAGGUGUAUCAACGUGCGAUACUAUAUCACAAGGGCUUGCAGGAUCCAUGGCGUGAGGCAGGUCUGUAUUUAUGUCGUCCUUGUCGCGCUUCAUUGAUUGCGAAGCAACCGCGUCAACCUGUCAAUGCCUUGGCAAAUUUUCAAUAUUAUGGCCAUGAAAGACUUCCGGUGGACAUUCGCUCGACUUUUUCGCAGGCAUCGGUCUAUGAUCUGAUGUUAGUGUCGCGCGCGCGAGCGUCUCAAAUUAUUCAUCAUUAUGCGUACAAAACGACGGGUGGGCAGUAUUGGACCGCUGAGGACGCUUCUCAACGAUAUAACAAAGGAAAUAUUGCGAUCCGCGCACAGGACUCCACUGAAUUACGAACCUUAUUGCCACCCAGUCCCGAUGAAUUACUUGAUACUAUGUGUGUAAUUUUCGCCGGUCACAAGCAAGUCUUAGCAGGUGCCCACUAG